GGAACAAAUGCUCCUUACAUUGGUGGUCAAUGCGAACAAAUGUCUCUUAAAUUGGUGGUCAAUGGGAAGAAUGCUCUUUAAAUUGGUGGUCAGUGGGAAGAAUGCUCUUUACAUAGAUGGUCAGUGGGAAGAAUGUUCCUUACAUUAGAGGUCAGGGGGAAGAAUGUACCUUACAAUGGUGGUCAAUGGGAAGAAUGUCCCUUAAAUUGGUGGUCAGUGGGAAGAAUGUCCCUUAAAUUGGUGGUCAGUGGGAAGAAUGCUCCUUACAUUAGAGGUCAGGGGAAGAAUGUACCUUACAGUGGUGGUCAAUGGGAAGAAUGUCCCUUAAAUUGGUGGUCAGUGGGAAGAAUGCUCCUUACAUUGAUGGUCAGUGGGAAGAAUGCUCCUUACAUUAGAGGUCAGGGGAAGAAUGUACCUUACAGUGGUGGUCAA